AUGCCGACCGAACCUGCCACAAUGCAACUCAUCCGUCACUCCCUAUCACUGAACAAGAAAGUUUAUGUCCCCCAAGUUAUCCCAGACUCACUAUUGAUCAACUGUUCCACGAGUAUGCGAAUGUGCCGGUUGAGUACUAUGGAUGAGUUGGCUCAAUGGCCCACUAACAAAUGGGGAAUUAAAGAACCAUCUUUGCCUUUGGAUGAAAAGACCAUUAAGGAUGAAGCAACCGAGGAUGGUGGACUGGACUUGGUAAUUGUUCCCGGAUUAGCAUUCACCAUGAAUGGUCAUCGUCUCGGGCGCGGAGGUGGCUAUUAUGACAGGUACUUGAAUUGGUAUCGGAAAGUUGCAACUGAACGGAAAUUGAAGUUCCCAUUGCUUGUGGCCAUGGCAUUUUGUGAACAAAUAUUAGAAGACCUCCCAAUGGAGCCUCAUGAUAACAAAAUGGAUCGUGUAAUCACAGCAUGA